AUGGCAAAGUCAUUAAGAUCCAAAUCCAAGUUGCAAGCAAAGUCGGUGAAAAGAAAAGGAGAAUUCGCCAAAUAUGCUGACGAAAGAAGCAAAAGGUUAGCUGAGAAGUUGGCCAAAGAAACAGCCAAACAGGAAGCUGAGAAAAAGAGCAAGCAGAAUAAGGAGCAAGAGACGAUGGAUUUGGAUGGACAGGAUGUUGAUGGAGGAAAGAGCAAGAAGGUUAGCACGUCUGGAUGGAGAGAUUCUAAUUCUCAAAGAUAUAAACAAAGACAACUCAAAAACAAAUCGAAAAAGAAGACAUUAAAGUUUUGA